UCCUGGAGCAACAAGAAUGGUGUGGCGGUCGUCGUACCUGCUGGAGCGGGCCAAGGCGCCGGGACCCACCGACGUCGGCGCGGGCCCAUCCAAGCCGACGCCGAGCAACGUGCGCAAGCUGCUGCGUCUGCUCUGGCAGGAGUGGCCGACGCUCUGCGCCGGUAUCGCGGGCUUGUCGGUGUCGUCGCUGACCAAUCUGCUCUUCCCCAAGGUGUUGGGCACGGCGCUGGACGUAGCGUGUGGCCGCCCGGCCCCGCGCAACAUGUCGACGAAGGCCUUUCUCCUCAGCGUGCUCUCGAUCUUCUUGACGGGCGCGUCGGCGUCGUUCGUGCGCGUCUACUGCCUCGGGUCGGUCGCCGAGACCACGACCAAGCGGCUCCGCGAUCGGUUGUACACAGCGCUUCUGCGCCAAGACCUCUCUUCUUCUCGAGCGCCGAGCGCACCGAGCUCGUGCACCGCUUGACAAAGGAGUGCCAAGUCGCCGCCGACUCGGCCGUUGCGCUCCUCGCCGAGGGCUACCGGUCGCUCAACUCGUCCAUUGGCGCGUCGAUCAUGCUCUUCCGCCUCUCGCCCAAGCUGACGCUCGUCGCCCUCGCGACCUUGCCGUGCCUCGGAAUCUCGGCCAUGAGCUUCAAGCUCUUCAUGAACCGCCUCAGCAAGCAGUACGAGGCGGCGCUUGCGUCGCUUCGCGCGUCGACGGACGAGAAGCUCGCAGGCAUCGCCGCCGUCAAGCUCUGCACGCAGGAAGACGCUGAGCGUGCCCGCUUCGAAGCCGAGACGGCGCUGGUCGCGGCCACGGCGCGCAAGUACCACGCCGCCGAAGGCUUCUUCAUGGGCGGUCUCUCGCUCUCUGUGAACGCAUCGCUCUCGAGCGUGCUCUGGGUCGGUGGCUCGAUCGUCGCCGCCGGCGACCUCACGACCGGCGGACUCACGUCCUUCCUCCUCUACUCUGGGUUCAUGUGCCUCGGCUUUUCCCAGCUCUCGACGCUCAUGACCAAAAUGCGCACGACCAACGAGUCGACGGCCGCGCUCUUUGAUCUGAUUGACGCCGACGCUGCCGCCGUCACUGCCACGCGCCAGAUGCCGCUCCUCGGCGGCCCGAUCGUUUUCGACCACGUGUCCUUCCAGUACCCGUCGCGGCCCGAGGCGCCCGUGCUGACGAGCUGCAACUGGACGAUUCCGCACGGGUCCAUGGUCGCACUCGUCGGUGCAAGCGGUGUCGGCAAGUCGACGAUCGCCGGGCUCCUCACCAAGCUCCUCACGCCGACGUCCGGCGUCCUCUCGAUCAACGGCGUCGCGCUCUCGGAGAUUGACACGACGUAUUUGCGCCAGCGCAUCGGCAUGGUCCGCCAGGAACCCGCUCUCUUUUCCAUGACGAUCCGUCAGAACAUCCAGUACGGCACGCCGGCGGCGACGCUGGCCGAUGUCGUGCGUGCGGCCCAUGCCGCCCACGCCCACGACUUUAUCGCGGCCUUGCCGCACGGCUACGACACGAUCGUGACGCCAACGUCGCUCUCGGGCGGCCAGAAGCAGCGCCUCGCCCUCGCGCGCGCCUUAAUCAAGCGCCCGCAGCUGCUCGUGCUUGACGAAGCCACCGCGGCGCUCGACGGCCAGAGCGAACACGCGGUGCAGUCGACGCUCCGGCAGCUCGACAACAUUACCGUUCUUGUGAUCGCGCACCGCCUGUCGACGAUCCAAACGUGCGACUCGAUCGCUGUGCUCGAAGGUGGACGCAUCGUCGAGACGGGCACGUUCACCGAGCUCCAGCGCGACGGCACGGCUUUUAGCGCGCUCGUGGCCUCGCAGGCGAUCCAAGACUCGGCGUAACCCGGCUUUCCUAACCUGCAGUUUGGUUGGUGGCGGCGUCGGGGCGAUACAUAGCCUUUUUUGG